CGUGUCGGUGUCCCCUGUGUCGGCCCCGCCGCUCCGCGGCCCCGGCUCGAUGGUUCCGCGGGGGGCGGUGGCAGCGCGGGGGCAGCGCGGCCCCUUUAAGAGCGGCGCCGCCAUGAUCUGCCUGGUGCUGGGGAUCUUCGCCGGCCUCUUCCACAGCGCCUGCGGCGGGGUCCAUGAGCGAACCUUCGUGGCCAUCAAGCCGGACGGGGUGCAGCGGCGCCUGGUCGGGGAGAUCAUCCGGCGCUUCGAGAGGAAGGGGCUGCAGCUCGUGGGGAUGAAGCUGCUGCAGGCCUCGGAGGAGCUGCUGAAGGAACACUACGUGGCCCUGCGGGACCGUCCCUUCUACGGCCGCCUGGUGAAGUACAUGAGCUCCGGGCCCGUCGUGGCCAUGGUCUGGCAGGGCCUGGAUGUGGUGAAGACAGUUCGCACCAUGAUUGGGGAGACCAAUCCAGCUGAAUCCAGGCCUGGCACCAUCCGAGGAGACUUCUGUGUUGAAGUCAGCAAGAACGUGAUCCAUGGCAGUGACUCGGUGGAGAGUGCCCAGCAGGAGAUCUCGCUCUGGUUCCGCCCCGAGGAGCUGCCGUGCUGGGAGGACGCGGCUGCACACUGGAUCUACGAGUGAGCAGCACCUCAGUGCCCUGCUGGGACACAGCACACCUCCACCCAUUUCCUGGCACUGCUGGGGCUGCCUGCACAUCCUCUGUGGGAUUCCCCUUCUGCCUGUGGGGUCCUGGGAGCUGGGCUGUGUGUGGAACUCUGGUUCAGCUCCUGCCAAGGGGAGCUCUUCCUUUUUUUUCUCUCUGCUCUAGUAAGUAGUUGGUAUUGUUGCUCUGUUUGCUGCAGCAUCUUAAAUCCCAAGUAGCUCAAGCUGAUUAAUUUUUGAAGCAAAACUUGGGCUCUUGGCCCAUUCCUGGGUGUUCUCAUCCCUGCCUGGAGCAGGAGAAGGUGUUUUCCUUG